AUGAAUUCCGCUAUCGAGUUAGAAGAAUUCCUACACGCCGCACAAGAGUUUGUGAAAAAAUCUGAUGAAAUUGGCGAUGGGUGGUCUAUUAAAGAGUGUGGAGACGAUAAAUCCAAAACUUUUCUAAAGAAAGAUUUGUACGUAGAACACACCGAUGACAAUAACAGUAUUUUGUUGAAAAUGGAAUAUAUAAUCUUCUAUAAUUUAAGCUAUGGCGUGCCAGCUUUCAGCUUUAAUAUCUGGAAUUCCUCUGGCACAUUGUUAUCAUUAGAAGAUGUAAGGAAAAUGUCUUUUAUUCAAAUUAGCCAAAAGGACUUCUACUCGGUAAUCACACAACAGGAGCAUCCAGUAUUUCAAAGACCAUACUUCAUAGUUCAUCCAUGCCACACAGAAGAACUACUGGCAACAUUUAAAAAUAAAUCUCAAAACAUUAUAGUAACAUUCCUUGGACUUAUUACUCCAUUGGUUAAAUUAGAUUUGCCUUUAAAAUAUGGACUGUAA